GUGUCGGGAUUUACCCCUUCUCCUUCCCUGGCCUGCUCGGAGUCGGUUGCCAUUUUGUGGAGUUCGCGCCUGGAGAACGCAGGGUGGAUUGUCAAAAUGGUGAAGCUGUUUGUAGGUAACCUUCCCCCUGCGGCAACUCAAGCAGAGCUCAAAUCUCUCUUUGAGCAGUAUGGUAAAGUAACAGAGUGUGACAUCAUAACAAAUUAUGCCUUUGUUCACAUGGAAGACAAAAAGGCUGCAGAUGAAGCUGUAAAUAAUCUGAAUCAGUGUAAACUUCAUGGAGUUUCCAUCAAUGUGGAACACAGUAGAGGCAAACCUAGAGCUUCAACCAAGCUUCAUGUGAGCAGCCUUAGCACUGAGUGCACAGGUGACGAGCUACGGGAAAAAUUUGAGGAAUACGGGACCGUGUUGGAGUGUGAUAUAGUUAAAGAUUAUGCCUUUGUUCACAUGGAGAAAGCAGAAGAAGCCUUGGAGGCCAUCAGAAAUCUAAACAACUGUGAUUUCAAAGGGAAAAAGAUGCACGUUCAGCUUUCUACAAGCCGUCUGCGAGUAACACCGGGGAUGGGAGAACAAAGUCGAUGCUACCGUUGCGGGAAGAAUGGCCACUGGUCCGGAAUGUGCCCCUUAGAUCAAAUGGCUCAGGAGAUGGGGCCACCUUAUCAUGAUCCUUUCGCCGAUCCUUAUGUCCCAAUGCGCAGUGCGGCGGCUGCCUACGCGGAGCGUAUGUUAUAUGAUGAACGCCGCAGCCUCAUAGACUACUACCAUCGUUACCGUAUACGCCCGUCAUCGUAUGAUACCUUUAUGGAACGUCGACUGCCUCCUAUCCCCCCACCAUCAAUGUCCACUUUAACACACAGAAAGCGUUUGGAUUCCUAUACAUAUGAGAGGCAUUUGUUGCCACCUCCACCUCCGCUUCCCAGCUAUUAUUCACGAGAUCGAAGCCCCAUACGUCGUGCCGCUGCAACCACUGAUGUGGAGGGAUAUGGUAUGGAGCGCAGAUUAAACCCUGCCGUACGGAGUUCGCUCUAUGAAACCCCACGAUACAUGCGGGAUUCCUAUGCUGACCGGUCGCGGUUUUACUAG